UCCGUGAAUUUGAACGAGGAGCGGGUGUCGGAGAUCUGCUUACGGUUUAAAACAGACAAAAAAAUGAGGAUUUAUGCCCUUAAAUUACAUCUACAACAGUAGUUUUCUUCUGAGUGGACUAAAACCGAGGUGUUAAAUAAGUUAAGUCAAGCGCCGUUUUUUUAUAAAAUACGCGAUUGUCUCAAUCUGCCGGUUUAGCGUGGGUAUCGUUUAUAGUUGGAAUUUUCAAACAUGAAACGGCAUAAACCGCUAUUCUUAAAGACUUAUGGUAAGCAGAGACGCAAAAUAUCUGCUUGGGUAUUGCCUGAUGAUCGUAACCAAUAUUUUGAUAGCACGUCCUCUUCUGAUGACUUGGCUGAACCAGAAAACCCCAGAAGGACGAGGGGCAAGUACACAGGGGUUCAUAGAGACAUGCGUCCUGCCAAGAAAAAAGCCUUUCUACACCUGAUUGAGAGUUCUGAUGAAGAAAACAUGAGUGAUGAGGAGAAAGUUACUGCUCUCUCCACUUCUAGCCCACUGCGUGGUCAUCAGACCAAGACAAGCAGAGGGAAGAGAACUAGUGUUUGCAAAGGGAAACCAAUCAAUCCUGGGAAGAGAAAGGCAGUGCUCCGCCCAGUUGAAAUCAGCAGCAAUGAGGACAAUAUCACAAGGCCAUCGUCUCCCCCGAGCAAGAGGAGAAUGACAACCAGGAGAAGCCGGCUCGUGUCUGCGCCGGUUCCUACGAAGCCGAGGACCCACAAGCCGUCUGUCACCACCGACAGUGAGGAAGAACGGUCUGCAUCAAGACGCCCAAAAAAUUCAGUCAAAAUGAAGCCAGACUCCAAUGUUCAGUUUGCUUCAGCUGGGCGCUUUGUAACCCGUCGCAAAUGUGCAGCUUCUAACAAGCUCUCCAAGGCCAUAGCCAGUCUACUCAGCUCUUCAGAUGACUUUACGUCCGGAGCGUUUGGCCCCGGCAGGUCCCUGCGCUCCAGGAGGAGGAAAGCCCCGCCGGCGUUCGGGCUGUCCAGCGCUGAGAGUUCAGUGACCGCUGCAGGGACUACCGGCUUCGCUGCCAAACCCUUCCGGGAGUUUUCCCUCAACGAAUCGGCGGAUCGCAGCCUCGGACCCUGCUCCAGGAAACCCAUUUUCUGCUCCACGCCCUCAGCAGGCGCCCUCAGCAAACGGGAGCAGGCUAAACGCCGUCCUACCCACGAUCAGGUCGCCAGUCCUCCGUCUUUGUCGGUCAGCUGCAUCGGGGCCUCGAGCACUUUUCAAGAAUCCUCGGAUUCGCCGCGGCAGGCGGCCUUCCCGCCACAGUCCGCCGCUGCUGGAGGAGCGCCGGGUCUGCUUCACCGUGAAGAACAAUCUGUUGAUUUAUUCAUGGAGCCCAGCGGUGGCAGCUGCGGCGAAGAACCCAAAAUUCAGAGUGGAAACUCGAAGAGAAGCGACGGUGGAGCGGUACCCAGUGAAAAUGUUCUUUCUGUAAACGAUGAAAGCAGCAUUCGUUUUGUGUCGGCAGCAGGAGGGUCGGAGUGGCUGAUAGAUGUCCUGAAGGAGAAGUGCUUGAACCAGCGCUGCAGCGUUCAGAUGACGAGGCUGGACUUCUUCACCGUGGCUCAGCUUUGCAGUCAGACAACCUUCUCAUCCUGUUUGGAGGAUUCAGGCUCAGCCCACAGCCGGCAAACUGAAGAACAACCUCAGCCUGCAGGCGGCGGCUCAGCUGUUCGUGGUUUACACUCUUCAGAAGAGUCGCUUAUUCACCACCACUCUUCCGGGGAAACCAAUAAAACCGGGGAUUGGUCCAAAUCAUUGACUGACUGUGAACAGUCGGCUUCACUGGCCGAAAGUCUGAGAGCAAACAGUUUGUCAUCAGCUGACUGUAAGGAGUUGGAGUCUGUGAUUUAUAUCGACUCCGUCCACCACACGGACCGAAGCUGCGAGGGGAUCCUGGCCGAGGAGGCUGGGAGAGAAAGGACAUGCUCAGUUCAGUUACAAAAGUUGACUUUGUCCCAAAUUAAAGCUGAGAAGCUGCAAAAGUUGCCACAUGGCAACAGUCCAGAAGCAAAGACGGAGUCCACAGAUUCAGGAGACCGUUCAAAGCUCGAGUUGAUGCUGAAGGAGAAAUGUUUGACAAAGAGACCUUUCGUACAAGUAAAGAGAUCAAGUCCGUCACUAAUGAAAGAACUUCGGAACUUGAGAGAUGCCAUGCUGGACUCCUCAACGGAUGUGUCGGACUCAUCCAGCAAUGAAGAGACAAAAACCGACCAUCCGUCUGAGAGCGACAGCAGGGAAAACUCACCCACCGUGAAAGCUGGUGUUCAAACUAGAAGGACCACUCUUGAGGGGAAAACCAGUUCAGGCGCAGCAGCCGAUAAGAACCUGCGGAGAGCUGCCCCAAAACGAAAAAAGGCCGCUCUGGCCUCCAAGAACAAGAGGAGGAGGAGCACGUCCGUGGACCGACCGGGGGGGACGAGGAAGGCGUGUGUGAGCGGCUUGAGCGUGAGUCGCUGGAAGAACAGGGGCGACACCAGCACUUUUGGCAGCCGGACGGCUCAGUGGGGCUUCACCAAGGACUGCAGCAUCACUGAGCUGAUCUCCACCCACCACAAACAGCCACAGGAGCCGUUGACAGCGACCACGAUGAAUUUCUCCACCCCAGCGAGAGCAAGUCGGCUCAACCUGUCAUCCCUGCUGGCCGAGCUCACGCCGAGAACGCACACCUGGAGCCGGCUCAAAGCCGCCCUCUCUGUCCAUCGCAAGGGCAUGGUGCAACUCACUCCCAGGAAUUUACCUGUGACGGCGAAGGGCUCUCCUCAGAGGACGGCGUUAGUGGACCUCAGCACGGAUCUCUUCGCCACGCCCUUACGCACGCCGCUGUCCAGGCGUCUGCAGUCACAGCUGCAGAGCCAAGGUUCCCAGAGUGUGUGUGAAGAUGCUGAUCUGUCGGAUGCAGAGAAGGUGUUCUCCGAGUGUGGCCAGCAGCAGCCGCUGGCCUGGGACGCCUGCAUUCUCCCUGUUCGUAUGAAACGCUGCGCCAAGAUCGGCGAGGGGACCUUCGGCGAGGUGUUCUCCACCACCAACGCUUCUGGAGACACCGUGGCACUCAAAAUCAUUCCAAUAGAGGGCGACGAGAAGGUGAAUGGAGAGGAGCAGAAGACCUUUGGAGAGAUCCUUCACGAGAUCAUCAUCUCAAAGGAGCUGAGCAGCCUCAAGGAGAAGCAGCACAACCAGACACACGGUUUUAUUGGACUCAAUGAUCUCCACUGCGUUCAAGGCUGCUACCCACCAGAAUUUCUGAAGGCCUGGGAUGCCUUUGACCAACGGAAGGGCUCAGAGAAUGACAGGCCAGAUUUCUUUGAAAAAACCCAGCUGUUCCUAAUCCUGGAGUUUGAGUUUGGAGGGACCGACUUGGAGAACAGCAAUGGCACGCUGGCGUCGUUAGGAGUGGCCAAGAGCAUCCUUCAUCAGGUCACCGCUGCGCUGGCUGUCGCUGAGCAGGAGCUACACUUUGAGCACAGGGACCUCCACUGGGGCAACGUCCUGGUGAAAACCACCAGGCAGAGGACGGGCAGCUUCCUUCUCAACGGAGCGGCUCACUCUGUGGAAACCAAAGGCGUGCUGGUCCGCAUCAUCGACUAUUCUCUCUCCAGGCUAGAAAUUGAUGAACUGACUGUAUCCUGUGACAUCUCAAAUGAUGAAGAGCUCUUCAUGGGACAGGGAGACUAUCAGUUUGACAUCUACAGACUGAUGAGACAAGAGAAUGGGAACGACUGGAACAGCUACCACCCCCACACCAACGUGCUGUGGCUCCGAUACUUGUGCUCCAAGCUGCUUUCCAUGAAGUACCGGAGUGGGAGGGGCGUCAAGGAUGUGAGAGGGGAGCUCACUCGUUUCCAUGACGACGUCCUCGAGUACGGAUCUGCCACAGAGGCGCUGCGAAACUGCCCCAUGUUCCAGUAGCUUUUGAACACACAAGUGUUCCACGUAAUUUAUCCACGUAAGGUCCUCAUAAACCAGAAAGACUAUUAAAAUUGAUGUCACACUGCAGAAGUAUGAUCUAGUUAUUUCCUUAAUAUACUCAUGUUGAAGCCAUUUUAUGUUCCACGGUUUUAUGAAAGGUUUUUAAAGUGCUUUUAAUACAUUUUUAGACUAGAAAAUAGUUGUUGUUUUUUUUAUCAGCCUUCUUUGUACUUAAAGUACUGUAAGUUUUUCACUUGUGCCUCCAGCUAUCUUCAGCAGGUUAUGUGAUAGGUUUGCAUGUCUUAAGGUUUCUGAUGUUGGUUCUCAGGGCAAAUGCAUCAUCUUGGAGCCUGAGAAAUGGUGAUUAUUUUCCGAAACCGAAUACAUUUCUCUCCCGGGCUAGUUUUAUUAACUAUUGUUUCAUUACUUUCCGAAACGAUCGAGAACAAAGCGACCAUCGGUGAAGCAGAUUAAUUUGGGUAAAAACAGAACAGGCCCCACAAGGACGCUGUAAGAGACUCCAGAGAAUAAGAUGAACCAGUUCUGGAACAAAUGUGGAAGUGGUCUUAUACACAAGCAGGCUGUUUUUACAAGUUUUACCUUUUUAAAAGGUGGGCAGAUAGUUGACCUCUGCUUUAAAAAAAGAAAAACUCUGCUUUAUAAUUUGCACAAUAAUGGUUCUGAAUGCAUUGCUGUUUUACAAAUUAAAUUAUGACUUUUUUUUUUUGUUUAAAAAAAAAAGAAAUUCUGUUGAACAAACGGUAGUCUUGCUUUUUUAUUUGAGAUGGACAUUCUCUAUUUUGCAUAAAAUUUCCCAUUUCUGAGUUUGCACCACACUGUAUAUUUUGACAUUUGGGAUAGAACAACUAUACCGGUAUAUGUAUCUUCCAACAGAGACUGAAGGUGAAGUCGGAAUCCAUUCAUGUGCUUGUGCACCAAAACUAUAUCCAGCUUUUGGAAAAUAAAGUUAGAAAAAAAACAAAAAUGAAGGUGAACUCCAAGGCCGAGGUACAUCAGAUCAUUGGAGAAGGUUAAAACAUCAAAAUAAUGAGGUAACUGGACUCUUAAAACAUAAUUAGCUUACAGUACAUUUAUCAUAUUUGAUUUGCUACGUAAACCAUUCUUGUAUGUUUUAGACAAAAUUUAUUCCAUAGAUAAAACAUUUAUUGUAACAUCAAAAUAUA